AUGGAACUGCCGCCAUCCCCUUUCAGCCUCACAUCGAGAAGGAAUCGAGCACAGCUCCCGCUGCCCAAACGCGGCCGUCCACCGGCCCUACAGCCGCCCGCCGCACCUCCUCCCAAGCAAACUCUCAAUCCACGCUCUCAUUCCACGGCAAGCCCCUCCAAAGUCACCAAGUCCACGUCCGCAGCAGCGGCAGCGGCUAAAGGCAUCAAGGGCACCGCCAACAAGACGAAGCAAGAUCCCACCCUGCUCGAAUCCAUCGUCUCCACCAACCUCAAGGUACUGGCUAUGUUGAUGAGGGAGCAGGAGAAGGGAGCGCCGAGGGAGAGGGCGGAGAUGGAUGGGUUGAUGAGUUCGAGGUUUGUGGAGACUUAA